AUGACCACUCUCACACCAACCCCCGCCAAUUCCACCAGCACUCCCAUAACCCACACUCUCUCCACCUGGUUGGAAGACCUCACUCCGGAGUCUAUUCCCGUCGAAGUUCGCGAACGAGCCAAAUACCUCAUUCUCGAUGGAUUAGCCUGUGCUCUACUGGGUGCACGACUCCCCUGGUCCGUCAAGGCGCAUGAUGCUAUCACUACCAUUGAGGGUCAGGGAAAAUGUACCGUUAUCGGAUGGAAUGAGACCCUCUCCCCCAAUGCCGCCGCCCUCCUGAACAGCACCUUCCUCCAAGGCUUCGACCUUGACGACAUCCACGUCGAGGCCCCCAUACACACCAUGUCCGUCAUCCUCCCAGCGAUCCUCGCAGCUGCAGAGCAGGAGCAUGGCGGCUCGACUCGCCCUAUCAGCGGGAAUGACUUCAUUACCGCCACAGUCGCUGGCUGCGAAACUGGCCCUCGCGUCGGCUACGCCCUGGGCGGAACGCACAUGCUCACCAUUGGAUGGCAUUGCGGUGCCAUCUUCGGUCCUGCUGCCUCCGCAGCAGCCGUCUCCAAGCUCCUGAAUCUUCCCGCCGCGCAGAUCGAAGAUGCACUGGGCAUGGCGUGCACGCAGGCCUGCGGGCUCAUGUCGGUGCAGUUUGAGAGCAUGGUGAAGCGCAUGCAGCAUGGGUUUGCAUCGCGGAGCGGAGUACUCGCCACCUAUUUGGCGAAGCAGGGGUUUACGGGGAUCAAGGAGAUCUUUGAUCGCGAGUAUGGUGGGUUCUUGAAGAUGUUUUCGUACGGGGCGGAGACGGAGCGCAAGUAUUACCCGGAGGAGGUCUGCAAGGGAUUAGGGGAAGUGUGGCAGACCAAGAAGAUCAAGCAGAAGUUGCAUGCGCUGUGCGCGGUGUCGCAUUGUACGGUGGAUUGUAUUAAGGACCUGCAGGCCAUGUAUCCUGCGAAGAUGGGUGAGUGGAAGAAAAUCGUCAAGAUUGAGGCGGAGAUGGCGAGGGCCGCGAUGAAGAAGGGUGGCUGGGCACCGGAGAAGCCAGCCACCGCCACGGCGGCGCAGAUGAGUAUACCGUAUGCGGUGGCGUUGCAGGUUCUGGAUGGGGAGAUUGUGCCGGGGCAGUUUGCGCCGGGCAUGUUGAAUCGGGAGGAGUUAUGGGAUGUGAUUAGGCUGGUGGAAUGUCGGGAGGCCAAGGAGCUGGAUAAUACGUGGGCGCAGAGGGUCAAGAUCACGUUUGAGGAUGGGGAGGUGGUGGAGAAGUUGUUGAAGGCUCCGAAGGGAGUCCAUCCUGGGGUGACGAAUGAGGAGGUGUUGCAGAAGUGGCGGGCUGUGACGAAGGGGGUAAUUUCGGAAGAGAGGCAGAAGAAGAUCGAGGAGAUUGUGUUGAAUUUGGAAGAGGUGGAGGAUGUGGCUGGUGUUUUGGGCGAGUUGUUGAGGGAAGAGACGGUGAAUGUGCUGCAGUAG